AUGGCAGCCGCCAUGAAACUUCAUUCUGCAAUGCUCUUCUACAUCCUCGUAUACAUGGAUUUAUUUUCCUUCACUAUAUCAACACUACCUAAUAAAUACUUUUCAACAAAAACCCCAUACGCCUGGACCCACCCGGUCCCAAAACCGGUGGAGGACGAGCUGUAUUACUUGAAAGACAUCAAGGGAAAGGCGUGCUCGGCCGUUCAUGCCAGCGCCGUGAUCCGACACGGAGCCAGGUAUCCUGGCUUAGACGAUGUCCAGGAGAUAUCUGCCGUGCACGACAAACUCGUCCUGGCCAUGGAGCCGAACAUCAACCCAGAGUUGUACAACUGGGUUAACAGAUUUCCUAGUAACAACAACAAAGCUCUAUCAUCUCUCGGAGAGUCGGAACAAGAAGCGCUGGGUAGAAGAAUAGCCACCAAACUGUCGACGCUGUUUUCUGACGAAGAUACGAGCAAUUUCAGGUUCCUGGUCUCCAGCCAGGAGAGGACCAAACAGAGCGCGGCAGCUUUCUAUGAAGGAUUCAGUAGCACCAUCUAUGGAGGCGAGGAGGCCGAAGAUGAUUUCGACUCGGAAGUCAACGAUCAGCUGUUGCGUUUCUUCAGUUUGUGUGCCAAGUACGUGUUCAGUGUGGAGAGCAACAAGACGGCCUUCAAGGAAUACUUCGACUUUUUAUCCAAUGAGAGAGUGGUCAGAAUUAAAGAGAAAAUUGACAAGAAGUUAGACAUAGGUCCUGAUGUCCUCACUACAGCUAACAUCCGACUCAUCUACCUUGUCUGUGGCUAUGAGACAGCUGUCUAUGACUCAUCACCCUGGUGCUCCUUGCUGGAUGAGAGUGACAUGGAGAUUCUGGAGUAUCUGGGAGACUUAAAGCAUUACUACAAAAAUGGCUAUGGAUAUAACAUCACCUGGCAACAGAGCUGCCCCCUGGUGUCAGAGAUUUUUGCCACCAUGGAUGAGACAAUCAUGGAUAUAGAGAAUGCUGACGAUGGUGAAGAACCAGGCGGGCUACUUGUGGGCCAAUUUGCCUUUGGUCAUGCAGAAACUCUGGGGCCCCUAUAUUCAGCUCUGGGCCUCUUUAACGACACCUUACCUCUACGGGCAGACAACUACCACCAGCAGAGUCAACGUUUGUUUCGGACUAGCAACAUUCUGCCAUUUUCUGGCAACAUUUUGUUUGUUUUAUACGAGUGUGUGCCGGAUGAGUUUGGAGAAGAUGAGGAGAUUGAGGAAGCUGAUUAUUACCUCAGGAUGUUUGUGAAUGAAGAGCCAGCAUUGAUCCCAGGUUGUGAGGAACUGUACUGCCCGUACAAUGUGGUCAGGGAUUACUACCACGACUUUGUCGACCAGUGCCACUUUAAGAAACUCUGCCAAAGGUCAGAGGUCAAGGAUGAGCUGUAG